CAUUACUAAAUUCUUAUUGAAAUUACAUCUGAGGUAUAUAUAAUACUCGAGUCUAUGAAUAUAUAAUCUUUGGUGUUUCGAAGAAACAAUAGAGGCAAAAAGGUCCGUUGAACCCCUAAAAUGUUUCAAAGUCUUUAAAGAGUAUAAACUAGAAGUAUCAAUCUAAAUGUAAUAAUACGACUAAACUACACACCGUUACGGUGGUUUAAUAUGGAUAACUCUAGGCCAAAACCUGCAAGUGGUACUUCUAGACACUAUACAAUAGCUGAUUCUUCUAGACGAAAUAAUGUUGAUCCUUCGAGACAAAAUCCUUUGCGACGACAUAAUAUUAUUUUUUCAACACAUGAUAGAGUUGAUUCUUCCAGACCAAAUAAUGCUCAUUUUUCGAGACAAAAUAGAGUUGAUUCUGCCAGACCAUAUAAUGUUGAUUCUUCGCGACAAAAUAAUGUUAAUUCGUCAAGAGAAAAUAGAGUUAAUUUUUCCAGACCAAAUAAUGUUCAUUUUUCGAGACAAAAUAAUGUGGAUUCUUCGAGACAAAAUAGAGUUAAUUCUUCCAGACCAAAUAGUGUUGAUUCUUCGCGACAAAGUAAUGUUAAUUUUUCAACACAAGAUAGAGUUAAUUUUUCCAGACCAAAUAAUGUUCAUUUUUCCAGACAAAAUAAUAGUGAUUCUUCGAGACAAAAUAGAGUUAUGUCUUCCAGACCAAAUAGUGUUGAUUCUUCGCGACAAAGUAAUGUUAAUUUUUCAACGCAAGAUAGAGUAAAUUUUUCCAGACCAAAUAAUGUUCAUUUUUCGAGACAAAAUAAUAUGGAUUCUUCGAGACAAAAUAGAGUCAUUUCUUCCAGACCAAAUAGUGUUGAUUCUUCGCGACAAAGUAAUGUUAAUUUUUCAACACAAGAUAGAGGUAAUUUUUCAAGACCAAAUAAUGUUCAUUUCUCGAGACAAAAUAAUAUGGAUUCUUCGAGACAAAAUAGAGUCAUUUCCUCCAGACCAAACAAUGUUGAUUCUUCGCGACAAAAUCAUAUGAAUUCUUCGAGACAAAAUAGAGUCAUUUCAUCCAGACCAAACAAUGUUGAUUCUUUGCGUCAAAAUAAUGUUAAUUUAUCGACACAAAAUAGAGUUAAUUAUUCCAGACAAAAUAAUAUUGAUUCUUCGACACAAACUAUAGCUAAUUCUUCUAGUCAAAAUAGUGUUGGUAGUUCAGGACAAAAUUAUAUUGAUUCUUCGACACAAACUACAUUUAAUUCUUCGAGACAAAAUAGUGUUGGUGGGUCAAGACUAUAUCAUAUUGAUUCUUCGACACAAACUAUAGCUAAUUCUUCUAGUCAAAAUAGUGUUGAUUCUUGGAGACUUAAUAAUAUUGACUCAGAUAAUACUUCCAGAGAAAUUGCAGCUGAUAGUUACCGACAAAAUACAACUGCUAACAAUAGCGCACAAAAUAGAUCACAUAACUCAAAUGACUCAAAAACCCAGAAAAAUCUUAAAAGCUCAAGAUCAUUUGUUUAUCCAGCUUCCAAAGCACCGCUACCACGAAGAGAUGAGUUUACAGCACCUAAACCAGUACCGUCAUUAGUAUACCGAAAUUAUAAUACAAGGAGAAGGGCAGCUACAAAUUCAAGUAGCGGUAGAAGGACAACUGCUAAUUUAGAAAGACAACGUCCUGCAUCCAGUUCGAAUAUUCAAAACACAAGUUCUAGUAGACCAACACAAAACACGAUGACAAGAUCUGAAAGACGAAAUGAAAUUAGAUCAAUACUUAAAACUGAAAACUCAAAACAGAAGAAUAACAAACAUGUCAGAUUUUCAUAAUUUCAUGAUAAGACCAAUAAAUAAUCAAUGUUGUAAAGGUUAUGACUUUCAGGCAGUAAGUUCAUUUUCCUACCUAAAUCUCAAAAGGACUAAACUUAGUUUCAGACAAACCGUACUUUUAAACAAUUGGCAAUAUACAAUCUCAGGUACAUGGAAUACAAACUGAAAUAACCACAGUUUAACAAAAUUCACACAAAGUCAAGGAAAUGAACAACGCUUUAAUUUUAUAUAUAACCUCCUCAUGAAAAUAAUUUUCCACAUUUACAAAAUAUAACAAAGACCUU